CGUGACGUCACAGCGUAUACGGAAGUGCCCGGGAGAGGCGGAAGGAGCGGGGUGAGGGUCCGCCACCGCGGGGUCAUAGAGACGAGCAGGAAGGACGCGGUGAAGAUCAUGGCCAAGGACCUGGUGCGGACGCGGCGCUACGUGAAGAAGUUCAUCACCAUGAGGGCCAACGUUCAGGCCGUGUCCCUAAAGAUCCAGACCCUAAAAUCCAACAACUCCAUGGCCCAGGCCAUGAAGGGCGUCACCAAGGCCAUGGCCACCAUGAACAGACAGGUGGGGGAUAUAGGGACCGGCAUACUUUUAUCCCCUCCCAGCGAUGCCGUGGUGUCACAGGUGCUGGAUGAGCUGGGACUGAACCUGACGGAUGAGCUGGCCACCCUCCCCCCCCCGGGGGGCUCUUUGGCAGCGGGGGAGGGGCGGGCGGCUGAAGCUGCUGCUGCUUUGGCUGAUGCCGACGCCGACCUGGAGGAACGACUCAAGAACCUGCGGCGGGACUGAGACCCCCACCCCAAAUAACCAUCAUGGACCCCCCCCCCCAUUAAACCCCCCUUGGACCCCCUA